CCCUCUCAGGUUACAGUGGAUUUGUUGUCGUUGGGGAACAGCCGUGUGGGAUCAAGAGCGAUGAGAGCGUUCGUGGUGUUGAUGUGCUUUCUGGCACUGGGCUGCCUGGCCCAGAGGCCUCAUCCAUGCACAAGUCCUCCUCUGCUCUCUGGAGCCCUUACUGUGGCGACACAGAAUGAAAAGCUGUGGGCUUAUGCCAAGUACCUGUAUGAUGCACUGGGGCAGCGGACUCGCCUCUUUGAGAUGGGAACUUACCAGAACCAGUCUUUCACAUACGACGUUCUCCUGCUCUACAGACAGGGUGUCAUGUAUGAGAUUGAUGACAAAAAUAAGAAAUGCACAAAAAAGCCUUUGAAGAUCGACUUCCAUCCCAUGGAGAUCCCAAAGGAUGCUUCUCUGCUAGGCCAGGCUAUCGUAGGCAGCUCCUCUGGACCUGGGCAAGGACUCCUGGUCAACACCUGGAUGGGAGACCUUCCCCAAAGUGCAGGAAAGUACAUGAGCACGGUCACUGAAUUUGGAUGUAUUCCUGUCAGCACCACGUACCACACGGACCAGUUCGGAUGGGUGGUGACAAACUUGUUUGACAACGUCAUUGGGAUUCUCGACCCCCAGUAUCUCAACCCUCCACCGUUCUGCCAGGAGGCGGAGAUGACGACAGAUGACGGAGAGGAGCCAGUUAGCUUCUUCAGCUUGUUCACUAAAAGGCACUGAAAGCCUCCUUUAACAGUUGUAUCAAGCAUCAGCAGCUAUUUUUGAUAUUUCAUAAAUAAUUGUUGUGGAGCUGAGAUAAUUUUGCAAUAUUUUCCAAGGAAUGAAAAACGGAAGCUAUUUAGCAGUUAUGAUUGUUGUGCACUAAACAUCAGAUUUAGCCCGGAUGUAAAUAUGCAAUAAUAUGCAUCUCAAGUGAGACCCAUCUUUAACAAACUUUGGUUGGAUUUACCCAUAUCCA